GUGCCAUGAGAAUAUUGCUCUCAAGACUGCCUCGCCCCUGGAUCGUAGAUGAAAAGAAAGAUGAUGGUUAUACCGCCCUCCAUCUCGCCGCCCUCAACAACCAUGUGGAGGUCGCAGAGCUUCUUGUCAACCAGGGUCGAGCUAAUCUGGAUAUUCAGAACGUCAACCAGCAGUCGGCCCUUCAUUUAGCCGUGGAGCGUCAACAUACACAGAUUGUCAGAUUGCUGGUGCGAGCCGGAUCUAAGCUUGAUCUUCCUGACAAGGAUGGAGACACGCCCCUUCAUGAAGCCCUACGCCACCACACCCUCUCACAACUCAGACAACUACAAGACAUGCAAGAUGUCGGCAAGCUCCUGAUGGGUCUUGGCACUCAAUCUGGUGACAAGAAGAGCAGUGCGUCUAUCGCCUGCUUCCUUGCAGCCAACGGAGCGGACCUCAACGUCAAGAACAAGAAAGGCCAGUCUCCUAUGGACCUCUGUCCUGAUCCAAACCUCUGCAGAGCCCUGGCAAAAUGCCACAAGGAGAAGCAUAGUCAAUCCAACCUAUUAAUGGAUGGUUCGGACACCGGUGAACAGGAAUCUCUAGAGGAAUGCAUGGUGUGUUCGGACAUGAAACGAGAUACGUUGUUUGGUCCGUGUGGACACAUCGCCACCUGUUCACUCUGCUCCCCUAGGGUCAAGAAGUGCCUCAUCUGCAAAGAACCGGUCCAGUCUAGAACCAAGAUUGAGGAGUGCGUAGUGUGUUCAGACAAGAUGGCAUCUGUCCUGUUCCACCCCUGCAGUCAUAUGUGUGCUUGUGACGGUUGUGGAAGUUUGAUGAAGAAAUGUGUCCAGUGCCGCUCCGAUAUCGAGAAGACCGUACCAUUUGUGGUCUGCUGUGGAGGGAAAGGUAAGGGUCUAGAUGACGUUGGUAGUUUAGUAGUAGUGGUGGUGGUGAAACCGGUCAAGAUGAACAACACUAACCUGGAGGUGACCAAGCUGAAGCAACAACUACAUGACAUCAAGGAACAGACCGUUUGUCCUGUAUGUUUGGAUCGCAUCAAGAACAUGAUCUUCCUGUGCGGCCACGGCACCUGUCAGCUCUGCGGGGAUCGUAUGUCCGAGUGCCCUAUAUGUAGAAAACCAGUGGAGAAAAGGAUUCUUCUGUACUGAGGGUGGAUCAAGAUCCUGCAAAUCACUCACAGAAAAAUGCAUGCAUGGGACUGGCAUUUGUCUUGCAGUGAAUUGAUAUGUCGGAUGUGCUGUUGAGAAGGGCGAAUUCACUGUUUGGAAAUAAAAAUAUGUGUCUACGACUGAUUAUAAAGCCAAUCACAUAUUGUAAUUCAAUUUGCUAUAAAAAUACAAGUGUAACAUUGCAGA